UCAGUCCCUUAUGCCAUGAGGGCAAAAGUAGAAGAGGAGAUAGACAGGCUGCUGAAGGAGAACAUCAUAGCUCCCGUUAAAUACGCUGAAUGGGCCGUGCCCAUAGUUCCUGUCUUGAAGCCAAAUGGGUCGGUCCGAAUAUGCGGAGAUUACAAACUAACCGUUAACAGUGCCUCCUCACUAGAACAAUACCCUAUUCCCCGUGUCGAAGACCUGUUCAAUACUCUGUCAGGAGGAAAACAGUUCUCCAAGCUCGAUCUAAGCCACGCCUACCAACAGAUCGUAAUGGAUGAUGCCUCAAAGAAAUACCUCACAAUAAACACACACCGAGGCCUGUUCAACUACAAUAGGCUCCCUUUCGGAGUCUCAUCAGCUCCCGCCAUCUUCCAACGAACGAUGGAAAACCUGCUACAAGACCUUCCAAGAGUGGCUGUGUAUCUAGACGACAUUAUUCUGACGGGGAGAGAUGAAGUCGAACAUCUGAGAACACUGGAUGAGGUACUUAGGCGACUGAAAGACGCUGGCCUACGACUUCACAGAAGCAAAUGUGCGUUUCUACAAAAUGAGGUGGAAUAUCUAGGGCAUGUAGUUAAUGCUGAAGGCUUACAUCCUGUACAGAGCAAGGUGAGAGCCAUAGAGGAAGCUCCAUCUCCCACCACAGUAACUGAGCUAAAGGCCUAUCUAGGUCUUUUGAAUUAUUAUAACAAGUUCCUCCCUAGUCUAGCUACACGCUUAGCCCCGUUACACAAGCUGCUGAGGAAAGAUGUUCCGUGGGCCUGGAACAAGGAGCAGGAAGAAGCUUUCCAGAACUCAAAACAGUUGCUGAAUUCAGCUAAAGUCCUGGGUCACUAUUCAGCGGACAAAGAUUUAUUGCUUGCGUGCGAUGCCUCUCCAUACGGAGUAGGUGCCGUACUGUCACAUGUCAUGGAAGACGGUAGUGAGAAACCUUUAGGCUUCAUGUCACGCACACUAACACCAGCAGAGAAGCGCUACUCACAGCUCGAUAAGGAGGGGUUAGCCGUCAUUUUUGGGAUCAAAAGGUUUCACAAAUACAUCUACGGACGAACAUUCAAAAUCACCACUGACCACAAACCACUGAUAUCACUUUUUCAUGAGAAAAAGCCAGUGCCACAGAUGGGGUCACCAAGAGUACAGAGGUGGGUGACACUCCUCAGAGCUUAUGAGUAUAAGAUCAUAUACAAACCUGGCCAGGAACAUACAAAUGCAGAUGCACUGAGCAGACUACCACUGCCGCAAACAGAGGAAGAGGAUGAGACAGAGCAGGUCCUCAUGUUGGAGGUCAUGGAGGAUCCACCAAUCACGACAAAACAGGUUAGACAGUGGACAGCUAAGGACGAAACACUCUCCCAAGUGCUAGUAUGGUGUCUAAAAGGAUGGCCGAGGGAGGUGGAUGCAGUGUACAAACCCUACAGUCAGAUAAAACUGGAGCUGAGCGUGAAAGAUGGGUGUGUGCUCUGGGGGGCCAGAGUGGUCAUUCCGCAGAGGAGUAGGGAAGCCAUUUUAAAACAGUUACACCACACACACCCAGGAAUAUCGAGAAUAAAGGGCUUAGCACGUUCAUAUGUUUGGUGGCCGGGGAUGGACUCCGAAAUUGAAAAGGAAGUGCAGUCCUGCCAUACAUGUCAGGAAAGCAGGAACCCUCCAGCAGGAGCACCGCUACAUCCAUGGGAAUGGCCGGAGACACCCUGGAACAGACUGCAUGUGGAUUACGCCGGCCCGUUUCUAGGAAAAAUGUUCCUGGUCAUUGUAGACGCACACUCCAAAUGGAUUGACGUGUACCCAACAAGCACAGCAACAAGUCAAGUGACCGUUGAAAAGCUCAGACAGUGUUUUAGCAUACAUGGCCUGCCCCAGACCUUAGUAUCCGAUAAUGGAACUUGCUUCACAAGCCAAGAGUUUCAAGCAUUCCUAAAACAGAAUGGCAUACAGCACAUAACAUCCGCUCCAUUCCACCCGGCGUCAAACGGCCUAGCGGAAAGAGCUGUACAGUCAUUCAAACAAGGAAUAAAGAAGAUAAAAGGAGACAGUCUGGACACAAGAAUAGCUAGAUUUCUGUUUAAUUACAGAAUUACACCGCAAACCACGACCGGAUUGUCACCAACUGAAAUGCUCAUGUCCAGGAGAUUGCGCUCAACUCUGGAUCUUCUACUGCCUGAUGUGAAGUCAAAGAUACGUAAGAAACAACUCAAGCAGAAAGAACAACAUGACGCACAUAGUAAGUGGAGGAGUUUUUCUCCUGGGGAUGAGGUGUACACCCGAAACUACAGUCAUGGACCCCGUUGGGUACCAGCAGUCGUUGAAGAGAGCACAGGACCUGUAUCCUAUACGGUACAAACAGGAGAUGGAAAAGUCAUGAGACGUCAUGUCGAUCAAAUAAAAAAACGGCAUACCAUAGUAACUGGUGAAGCGCCUAUGCCUGAGAGAACAGAGGAGCCUACCGGUCUUCAGGUCUCUGAUACAGUAUUGGAGGGCCCGCCUGCAGACUUUGCCGUCACCACUUCGGUCAGAGAGAGAAUGACUGCGUCUGAGACAGCCCAAGCACACCCCUCAGUUGUGGAACAGACAGAAACAGAGGCAGAUCCACUACCUGUGCUGCGCCGCUCCGAGCGCACAAGACAGACUCCUACUUACCUGAAAGACUUUGUGAAAUAG